AUGACAUUACUGGAAGGCACCAGGUGCCAGCCAGCCAGCCAGCCAGCCAGCAAGCCAGUAGCAGCAACAGAAGCGGUCCAGCCAGCCGGCAGCAGCGGUCCAGCCAGUCAGCAGCGGUCCAGCCAGCAGCAACGGUCCAGCCAGCCAGCAGCAGUCCAGCCAGCAGCGGUCCAGCCAGCAGCGGUCCAGCCACCAGCAGCAGUCCAGCCAGCAGCGGUCCAGCCAGCAGCAGUCCAGCCAGCAGCAGUCCAGCCAGCAGUGGUCCAGCCAGCAGCAGCGGUCCAGCCAGCAGCGGUCCAGCCAGCAGCAGCAGUCCAGCCAGCAGUAGUCCAGCCAGCAGCAGCGGUCCAGUCAGCCAGCAGCGGUCCCGCCAGCAGCAGUCCAGCUAGCUGCAGCGUUCCAGCCAGCAGUGGUUCAGCCAGCAGCAGCGAUCCAGCCAGCCAGCAGCGGUCCAGCCAGCAGUGGUCCAGCCAGCAGCAGCGGUCCAGCCAGCAGUGGUCCAGCCAGCAGCAGUCCAGCCAGCAGCAGUCCAGCCAGCAGCAGUCCAGCCAGCAGCGGUCCAGCCAGCAGCGGUGGUACAGCCAGCAGUGGUCCAGCCAGCAGCAGCAGUCCAGCCAGCAGCGGCCCAGCCAGCAGCAGUGCAGCAGUCCAGCCAGCAGUGGUCCAGCCAGCAGCAGCAGUCCAGCCAGCCAGCAGCAGUCCAGCCAGCAGCAGUCCAGCCAGCAGCAGCAGUCCAGCCAGCAGCGGUCCAGCCAGCAGGAGCAGUCCAGCCAGCAGUGGUCCAGCCAGCAGCAGCAGUCCAGCCAGCCAGCAGCGGUCCAGCCAGCAGCAGUCCAGCCAGCAGCAGCGGUCCAGCCAGCAGUGGUUCAGCCAGCAGCAGCGAUCCAGCCAGCCAGCAGCGGUCCAGCCAGCAGUGGUCCAGCCAGCAGCAGCGGUCCAGCCAGCAGUGGUGCAGCCAGCAGCAGUCCAGCCAGCAGCAGUCCAGCCAGCAGCAGUCCAGCCAGCAGCGGUCCAGCCAGCCAGCAGUGGUCCAGCCAGCAGCAUCGGUCCAGCCAGCCAGCAAGUGGUCCAGCCAGCAGCAGUCCAGCUAGCAGCAGCGGUCCAGCCAGCAGUGGUUCAGCCAGCAGCAGCGAUCCAGCCAGCCAGCAGUGGUCCAGCCAGCAGCAGUCCAGCCAGCAGCGCUCCAGCCAGCAGCAGCGGUACAGCCAGCAGUGGUCCAGCCAGCUGCAGCAGUCCAGCCAGCAGCAGUCCAGCCAACAGCGGCCCAGCCAGCAGCAAUGGUCCAGCCAGCAGUGGUCCAGCCAGCCAGCAGUGGUCCAGCCAGCAGCAGUCCAGCCGGCAGUGGUUCAGCCAGUAGCAGCAGUCCAGCCAGCCAGCAGCAGUCCAGCCAGCAGCAGUCCAGCCAGCAGCGGUCCAGCCAGCAGUAGUCCAGCCAGCAGCAGUCCAGCCAGCAGCAGCGGUUCAGCCAGCAGCGGUCCAGCCAGCAGCAGCGGUCCAGUCAGCAGUGGUCCAGCGAGCAGCAGCGGUCCAGCCAGCCAGCAGCGCUCCAACCAGCAGCGGUCCAGCCAGCAGCAGUGCUCCAGCCAACAUCGGUCCAGCCAGCAGCAGCGGCGGUCCAGUCCGCGGCAGCAGCAGCUGCGUUUCAUUGUUGCUGCAGAACUACAUGCUACACAGCCACCAACAGUGGCAGCGGCAGCAGCAGUAGUGGCAAGUGACCAGGAAGUCUGCAUUGAGCUCUAA